UCUCCUGUUUUUCGCCCCCUGAAUGUUUCUCCCGUGAUGCUCCGCGUGGACGAGCAGCAAGAUGGCGGACGCUCUGGAUGAAUUUAAGAAAGAAACUGGAUGCGUCCCGAUCCUCCAUCCCGAGGAAAUUAAACCCCAGAGUCACUAUAAUCAUGACUUCAGCGAGAGCGUCAGCCGCAAGAGCCACGUGGACGACUACAGCACUUGGGACAUCGUCAAGGCCACCCAGUAUGGCAUAUUCGAGCGAUGCCGUGAGCUGGUGGAGGCUGGAUAUGACGUGCGUCAGCCGGAUAAAGAAAAUGUCACACUCCUGCACUGGGCGGCAAUCAAUAACCGCGUAGACCUGGUCAAGUACUACAUAUCUAAAGGUGCCAUAGUCGAUCAGCUGGGAGGAGAUCUCAACUCUACACCGCUGCACUGGGCUACAAGACAGGGCCAUCUCUCCAUGGUGGUGCAGUUAAUGAAGUACGGCGCUGAUCCAUCUCUCAUCGAUGGCGAGGGAUGCAGUUGUGUGCAUCUGGCCACUCAGUUUGGACACACCUCCAUCGUAGCGUAUCUCAUCGCCAAGGGACAGGAUGUGGAUAUGAUGGAUCAGAAUGGCAUGACCCCUUUGAUGUGGGCGGCUUAUCGGAUGCACAGUGUUGACCCGACACGGCUGUUGCUGACGUUUAACGUGUCUGUGAAUCUGGGUGAUAAGUAUCAUAAGAACACGGCUCUGCACUGGGCGGUUCUGGCUGGAAACACUACGGUCAUCAGCCUGCUGUUGGAGGCAAAUGCUAAUGUCGACGCACAGAACAUCAAGGGGGAGACGCCGCUGGAUCUGGCCAAACAGAGGAAAAACGUGUGGAUGAUAAAUCAUCUGCAGGAGGCCAGACAGGCCAAAGGUUACGACAGCCCCUCGUACCUGAAACGGCUUAAAAUGGACAAGGAGUUCAGGCAGAAGGUGAUGUUGGGAACUCCGUUCCUGGUGAUCUGGCUGGUGGGAUUUAUCGCUGAUCUGGACAUUGACUCGUGGCUCAUCAAGGGUGUGAUGUAUGCAGCGAUGUGGCUCAUCGUGCAGUUUCUGUCCAAGUCUUUCUUCGAUCACUCCAUGCAUAGCGCUCUUCCUCUGGGCAUCUAUCUGGCCACUAAGUUUUGGAUGUACAUCACCUGGUUUUGUUGGUUCUGGAACGAUCUCCCGUUCAUCACCAUCCACCUGCCCUUCUUGCUCAACAGUCUGGCUCUCUUCUAUAACUUUGGCAAGUCUUGGAAGUCAGACCCUGGUAUCAUCAAAGCUUCCGAGGAGCAGAAGAAAAAGACUAUAGUUGAAUUGGCAGAAACAGGCUCUCUGGAUCUCAGCAUAUUCUGCAGCACCUGUUUGAUACGGAAGCCAAUCAGAUCGAAACACUGCGCCGUUUGCAAUCGAUGCAUCGCCAAGUUUGAUCACCACUGCCCAUGGGUUGGAAACUGCGUGGGAAGUGGAAACCACCGUUACUUUAUGGGCUACUUGUUCUUCCUGUUGUGUAUGAUCUGUUGGAUGAUAUACGGAUGCAUUUGCUACUGGAGGAUUCACUGUGCCACCAGCUACACUAAAGACGGCUUUUGGAUCUACAUCACCCAGAUCGCCACCUGCUCGCCGUGGAUGUUCUGGAUGUUCAUCAACAGUGUGUUUCACUUCAUGUGGGUCGCUGUUCUCAUCAUGUGCCAGCUCUAUCAGAUCGCUGUUCUGGGCAUCACUACAAACGAGCGCAUGAACGCCAGAAGAUAUAAGCACUUUAAAGUUACAGCCACGUCCAUCGAGAGCCCUUUCAAUCACGGUUGUAUGAGGAACCUCAUCGAUUUCUUCGAGCUGCGCUGCUGCGGUCUGCUGCGGCCCGUGGCGGUAGACUGGACCUCCCAGUACACAAUAGAGUACGACCAGACGUCCGGCUCAGGAUACCAGCUGGUGUAGUGCGGUGAAGGAGCGACAGAGCGUGAGAGAAGACGGAGCGAGAGGGAGGAGAGGAGAGGAGAGGUUUUCCUGAAGUGCUGCUCAACCGGGACCAUCUCCUUCACCGAGACUGCAAACCUCACCCAGUCAGGAUAACGCAUGCUGUCAUUGGAUACCAUCACCAACUCCACCCCGAGACGCACGGACACGAGGAACAGGAAGAGGAGGAGUUUAAUGACAUCAGAGGCGGAUGCAGUACAAGCCACUCUCCUCGAUUGGUCAGCAGAGACGUUUGUGGUUUGUUUCGCACAUCGACUGGUUUUUGGUUACGUUCGUUUAACUUUGGUUUUCUUCCUGUGACCCCUUUUUUUGUUGCUUGUAAAGUGAUAUCGGAUCUUAAGUGCGUAAGUCAGCCUGGAACUUUGCGUAGGAAUCAGAAUUAGCAUAGCAAAAGCGUUUGUGGUUUAAAGGAAUCGUUCUAGCCAAAAUUAGACUUUUAUUAUUAUUUAUUCUUCCUCAUGUCGCAUCAAACCUGUAUGACUGAAUCUCUUACGUGGAACAUAAAAGAAGACGUUUAGUAGAAUGUUCAGGCUGCUCUUUUCCGUAGAAUUUUUUAUUUUUACUUUUUUAAUUUCUAUGCAGGAAGUAAUACGCAAAGAUGUUUGGAACGACAUGAUGAUUAGUAAAUAACACAGCUGUACAUUUUUAGGUGAACGAUUCCUUCAGGCUGCCUUGAUUUGUCUGAUCAUGAAUCAGAUCAAAACAGGCGUCAUACUGACACGCAUUCAUAUGCCCUGAUCAAAUAAUGUGACUUAACAUAUUUAUUUUAACCUAUUUAUGUAGUAUUUUUCGAAGCGUAAUUAUGGUAUCAUGAGGUAAUUUUACAUAUCUUCAUUUCCACAUAUAUGUACAUUUGCAGCAUGUUUAAUACUUUAGGUGGGCUGAAUCCUUCGAAACGUGUCAAGAAGAUAAAGCCGGGUCAUAUUUCACCCCAAAAUCAUAAGAAAAACAUAUUAGAUUAUAUUUUGGUUAGAGAAAAUGAAGCCUGUUUAAUAGUUUCUGCAUUGUAUUUUUGUUUUCGUGACCGUUAAACACAUUUUCCCCAUAAUUCCCAUUACGAUCAUGCACUAAAACCUCCUCAUUACUGUAUUUAAAAAUCUAAGUAUUUAUAUUAUAUUGCCUUUAAAUUAUGCUGUUUUUAAAUCAUUGUAUUACAGCCAUUGUUUACUGUAAAACACUUAAAAAACACUGUAUUACAAUGAGAAUCACAGCAAAAAUGUCUGAACGCAUUAAUUAUUUAGCAAUUACGCAUUGUAAUUAUUUUUCACACACACACACAUGUAUAUAUAGAUUUUUUUUGUUUUUUUACAUUUUAGGAUGAAAUGUGACCUGGACACGUUCUUGGUGCGUUUAUGAGAGUAAUCCAGGUGCCCUCUGAAUUUACAAGAAAUAACACACUCGUACGUGAACUUCUAUAUUUAUUAUGUAUGUGUAGUUUUAGGAAGUAUAUACAUUUAAAGUUGAAAAUGCUGUUGAAAAGCCAUUAAGUGGACCUGAUAUGAAUGAACUUAAAGGAAGAUGCCGUGUAACACGCCAGAGGGGCUCCUUCCGUGUUUUAUCUUUUUGUUUUUUUUUGUGGCAGCGACAUUUGUCUGCCCUGAAACAAUGCACUGAUCUUUUUUCGUUUCGUUCGUCGUUACUAAAGAAACAAGCUCGUUUCCCCAGCGUCGCCAAGGGAUCUUCAUGUUUACGUAAAAAGAGGAAGCUCCUCCCCCUUUUGCUCUCCAUUUCCUCUUCCUGUUGGUGUGGCGUUGUCAUGGCAGCAGCUGACAGGAUGAACUGAUGUAAAGAAUGUGCUUAUCUGUACAUAAAUGAACUAGAUUCAUUAU